GUGCGAGCAAUGCUAGAGUAUAUGUACUGCGGAUCAACAGUGAACAUCGAGAACAUUGUCGAGAGUGUUUUGGCACUCUCUGAGAAAUACGCUAUAAAACCGUUGAAGGAAUUCUGCAGUAACUGUUUGGCAUCCAAGAUAAACACAAAUAACCUCGGUAAAACUGCAGUAAUUGCAGAAUUCUACUCGCUCACUCCUCUCAUCGAGAGAUGUGCCCGUUAUUUGAGCGAUAAUCACUCAUCGGUAGUGGGCUCGAAAGGUUGGCAAGAGCUGAAGAAGCACAAUCCUGGACUAGUGAUCCGCCUCUUGGAACUUUCUAAGUAG